AUGAAGUGCCUGAUUUUUGUCGCCACCAUAGUGGUAGUUGUUUCGGCCAGUCCAGAACGUCAACGUCGCUCCGUCGGCUGGAGUUGGGGACACAAUGGUGCAGUGGUCCUGGGUACUUUAAGAAACAGCAUUGCUGUUGCAGGACCUGUUGCACCUGCGGCUACGGUGGUUGCACCAAUCUCACCUUCCGUGGCUGUUGUCGGACCCGCUGCGGGUUCUGCAGCUGUGAUUGAGCCCAUUGGUGGCCACACAGCUGUAGUCGGACCGUCGGCUGGUUUAGCAGCGAUUGUUGGACCUAUCGCGAGUUCUGCCACAGUAGUUCAGUGGUCCAGCUGCCGGAUCAGCGGCAAUUGUAGGCGCUGCUGCAGCUCUAGCGUUGCGGCUGGACAUGCGGGAUCGGUGGUCGCACCAGUAGUUACUAAUGGACUUGUGGUCAAAUCCAUCUGGUAA